AGUUUUCCUUUCAUUUUUGAACAGGCAUCACUUCUUGGCUUAUUUGGACUGGGUGUUUUUUAAUUCCGUUAGAAUGGAGGUCGACUCCGAAUCCCGCAUCGACAGCAGCAGCAGCAGCGCUGACAGAACCAGCAGAAGCUCCAAUCUGGAGAGUUUAGGCUUGUCACACUCCAAACUAGCGUAUGAUGGGAACUUCAUUCGCUCUGCUUCUGGUGUGUUGAUGGUCGGAGAAAUCGUGUUUGGGCUUUUCGUGUGGACUCUGAUUGGUGGGACGGAGUACCUACAUGUUCCUGCUCUGUGCUGGGUAAUGUUUGUGUCAGUCUUUUACUGGGUGCUCACCGUCGUCCUCUUCCUCUUAUACCUGAUCACGCUCCACAUCAGGAUAACCUGGAUCCCUUGGAACAUUCUGGGAAUAUGUUUUCACGGCAGUGCCACUGUAUUGUACCUGAGUGCAUCUGUUAUGGGGGCAAUAUCUUUGAAUGUGGCCAAUAGAGGGCGCUAUUACUUCAUCUGUUGGGUGGCGUCAAUGAUAUUUGCUUCACUGGCAACACUAUGUUAUGCAGGAAAUACAGCUGUGAAUUUUAAAUCCUGGAGAUCAAAAAGCGAAGAUACAUAAGUUUUUUUUUCAGAUUUUCCUCAAAGGACAAUUUAUGUAAAUGUACAGAAUCACAUUACAAGACUUUUGAUGUGGUUGAAGUAAAAAUCCAAAAAUAUAUGUAGCAUUGUUCUUAUAAAACUUUAAUUGACAGAAGAUUUCACAAUCAAUUUUCAUUGGAAAAUAAUAAGGGGGUAAAUAAGUUUUAAAAGGGGCGUAUUCUGCAAUUUUUAGCAAAAUGUAAAAAAAGUCUCUGAUGUCCCUAAAAUUUUGUGUGAAGUUUCAGCUCAAAAUACCCCACAAAUAACGUUUUAUUUCUCUAAGAAACUGUUCCUUUUAGUCUUUAAUCCAAAUUGUGCCAUUUUAUUGACUGCCACUUUAAAUUCAAAUGAGAUUGUGCUCUUUUCAAAAGAAGGCGGAGCUACAAACGUCAGGAUAGCAGAAGAUUGAAAACAGGACUACCGUUUACUGUGUGAAAAAAAACUGAAAAUGUCAAAAGGAAUGGCUCAGAAGACAUAUAAUGCUUCGUAGUCGCUGACAUUAUCUUCAGCACGUACGGUAUGAAAACUUGGAUGGCUGCUUCUCACUCAGGGCUGUUUAUGCUAGUAAGGAAGAGAUUGUCACUAAUGGGCGGGGCUUUCGCCCUCUGAUGACAUGUACAAAGGGAGAAUGUUAAUCAAAGUGUUUCUGCAGACUGUCUUUAAGAAGUGUGAUUAUUAAAAAAAGAAUUAUUUAAUUUUUACCAUUAAAAGCUGGGUAUAUGCACAACUGUUUAAAGUCCUUAUAAAAUGGAUUUUUGCAUAAUAGGUCCCCUUUAAAAGUAUGCUUUACCUUGAAUCACUACAGUAAGGCCACUAUAAAGACUUUAAUCCAGAGAGCUGAUUUAAUCAGAAGUUACAGGAUGUCUUGCUAUAUUCUUGUUUGUUUGUAUUAAACAAAGAUG